AUGGGUUGUGCAAGCAGUUCACCGUUAAUCAACGGAGGUGGUCCCGGUGGUGUCAUCGAGACGGCGAAAGAAGCGGCCACCAAAACCGCCAACGAUGUGCUUCAUGCCGGUGAAGCGGCGAUGAAUGAUGUCGGCGAGCACGUGAAGGAAGCGGUACAAAACGUUACGCACGAAAUCGAAAACGUGCUGGGCGGCAAAAAGGACAAGUCCGAUCACGUCAACGAGGACGACCAGCCGGCAACGAACGGGCACGACGAUGCAGCCAACUCGGACUAUCAGAUCAUACGGCUGAAGGGCUCGAAGCAAAACAGUGUCGAGGAAACGGAAAAGAUGGAAAACAUGAAGAAUGACCUGCUAACCAAGGCGCAAAGCUUCGGCGACGAUACCGACCGGAUGGCGGACGAUCUGAUGAAGGAAACGGAGGACCUGAUGCGGGACGCCGAAACCGGCAUAGCACAGCACGAGAUGACAACGCGCAUCACCUCAUCCGAGGACGGUACGAUCGAGAUCCUUACCCUGGAAGGUAAUGCACCAAAGUCUCCGAACCAUUCGAUUGACAGUUUGCAAACUACUUCACCAGAGCCCGAGAUCGAACGGAUACUGGCUGGGGCUGGGACGGACGAUGGUACUGCACCCGACUCCCCGAAGGCAACGCUCAACACGCUGACUGUACCCGCCACCAAGGACGAUGCGAUGCCGAUGGACCCGUUGCCACCGAUGGCGGAUAAAGUGGACGUGUGAGUACGGUAG